AAGGGAUAAAAAAAGGAGAAAUUAAAAAGGGAAGAAAUAACAGAGAAAACAAUAUCAUUGAGAAAGGAGCAUUAGAUAAACAAGAACAGCAUUGACUCAAUCAAUGAAAUAUAGCCAGUGUCCAGCGACAGUUCAACCUGUCUUUGGUCGGACUCCAUUGUUUCCAGCCUCACCCCAACAACCAAGCUCACCAUCGUCAGGCUAUCAAGCCAGACAAGCAUCACUUUCACCACCAAAUCUUCUCGAUUAUUUUCCUGGUUUAGCUGGUGACGGAUUACGACUUAAUUGGGCUCAUGCAGCUAAUAGUCGAUCACUUCUUAAUCAAGCAUUAAUGGGUGAUGAAUUGAUGAUUGAAGCAGAUGUUACACUGGCUGAAACUACUCGAUAUCCAAUUCCAAUAAUGUCACAUCAACCAAGUCAUAUGUCCGAUAUAACGUUGGAAGAUUGGUUGAUUGAUGUGGUUCGCUCUGAAACUGGUAAAGGUGUUAAACUGGAUUUCAAGAGCACAAGAGUGGUUGAACCAGCAUUCAGAGUAUUGGCAAGGCAUGCUGAAUUCAUCAAAGGUCCACUGGUGUUAAACGCUGAUAUACUUCCAGGUUACAAAUCAUCUGUAAGUCCAGUUGAUCCAUGGACAUUUUUGAUGUUAUGCCGAACUCGUUUCCCUAAAUCAAUAAUAUCUAUUGGCUGGACAACCGAAUCAGACGAUAUGUCAAUGAAAACUGGUUACACCAGAGAAAUGGUUGAUCAAAUGGCUUCACUCGUUAAGGAAUACAGUUUAAUUCAACCUGUUACCUUCCCAAUAAAUGCCACCAUGUUGAAACCAUCUCUUGGUGAAUUACAGCGAUUACUUUUUCAGGUUCCAAACAGCAGUUUAACACUAUGGGCUCAUCCUGGCGAUCCUGUUUCAUUAGAAGAUCUGUUAAUCUACAGGAAAAAUUUCUCACCAAAUCAGAUCUUUUAUGAUUUACCAGAACCUUUACUUAGCAUGAUUCGUUCCCAUGUUUAUCGACGUUAAUUGCCUUUUCUUUAAUCUUCUUUUUUUGUUCACCAUCACAAUUACCACCAACACCACCAUCAUUAUUAUAAUGUCAACUUGGAUUUCAUUGGAUCGUCCGUAUUGAAAUCAUUUUCCUUAACAAUCACCACUUUCAAUUCAUCAUCCACAAUUUGGAUUUUAGCUAUUCCGCAUUGAUUAGCUCAUUUUUAUCCUUAAACCAUAUUUACUGUCAGUUCAUUAUCACUAUUGUGCUGUCUCUUUUCACUUCUCUAUUUUUGAUUUCUUUUUCGCCAUCAAUUCAACUUCAAACAAAGUCUAAUCAACAGCAAUCAAGUCAAAUAUGAGUACAGUGGAUAAAUAAUGUAAUCAAAGAGGAAGCCAUUUAAAGUUAAAUCUCAUCGAAAAAGAGAUUAACUGAGCUGUUAUUGAAUUAAUGAUGAUCUACGAUCUGACGUUAAACAUUGUUUUGAUUCGAUUGGAGUAACAGGAUGAUCAACUAAAUACAAUUAUAAUACUUAUUAUUUCAUCCAAGCCUUUGGUUAAAAAUCAAUUUUGGAUACAAGAAAGAAAGAAAUAUACCGAUACAUUUUUAUCUGGAAAGUCAUGAGGAAAUUGGAUAACUAAGUUAUCCAUUGAAUGACUUAUCAAACAAUAUUUAAUAAGAGAAAUUGGUGAUUUGAUUUUGUGUGUGCCUGAGAGUGUGCCUAAUGGUUGUAUCAAAUGAGGACGCAAAGAACAGCAAACAUGGAUUAAGAGGAUUAAGAGUGGAUCAAAUUUAAAUAAAAUCAUUGGUAUCAUCAGCUUUUGAAAUUAUUUUGGAUCUAAAUCAGUCAAUGUUGCAGGUGGAACCAGAGGAUAUUACAAAUCACUGUGGAACUCAUCCAGAGAAUUUCAUUUGGAAUGUUUAAUUUUCCCAUCUACACUCAACUUAUCACCCUUUUCUUAACAUACCAAUCCUGAUUAAUUACUCUUGACCGUGUUUCCCGUUUUACUGCUAAUCUUUUUCUACACUCAUUUCAAGAUGGAUUUUAUAAGAUUUGCAGAUGUCCAUCAAUUAAUUAUUGACGAAAACAUUGACAUGGACAUUGACAUUUCAGCAAAGAAUCACGUAAUCAUCAAUGGUUGCUCUGAGAGGAUGCAUAUUGAUAGUUAUUGACAUUAACUCAAAAAAUUGUCAACUUGACAAAAUUUUUUCAUUUAUUUUUUGUUUUUCAACUGUAAAGAUGUAACUGGCUGAUUGACUGGAGGAAUUACGAUCAAAAUUAGGCAUUAUUUGGUGGAUUCAGUUAUUGAUGGAUAAUAUCAUCUGAUGGAUUUUUUUAGGUUAAUUAACAUUUUUCGCUGAUUUAUACUUAUUCAGUUUCCCUAGUCUGUGAACUUGACCUUUUUCGUAUAGCUAUUGAUUUCUAAUUAUUAUCUUACCAGCUUUCAAUUGAUUGCAUUUUUACUACCUAUUUUAUAAUUGUAAAGUUUUGUUGACAAAGUUAAACAAAACAAAAAGAAAUGAUUGCGGCCUUGAUUGUUGAAGAGUCAACCAAACCUAUUGUGAAACUUGAUCAAUACCUAAUUGUGACCCUGACUUGACCAUCAUGAUUAGAUUGAUAAUGUGCCUGACUUAAGUUGAGAAAUUGUUUUCGUCUCUUUAUGUACUGAAGCAAUCCAUUUUAAUUAUUACUUCUUGUGAUAAAAUAAAAAUUUAAAAAAAUGUUUAUCACUCUAAA